AUGAUUCCGGUGGGUUUUUUCAUACAAAAAAAGAGAACUUGGAUUUUUCCGAACUUUUUUUCUAAAGAAAAAUGAGCAGAGAUAGAGCGAAAAUUAGAUCAAGUCCAAAGUUUAUCCAAAAAAUGAGUUCUUUCAAAAAUCACGAUGUUUCUGAUCCAUUUUAGGCAAAAAUUGAAUUUUGGAUCUAUUUUUCAAAAUAAAAAAAAUAAAAAAUGUUUUCCACGUGGCCCGAAAAACUUAGAAACCAUUUUCAAUAAUUUUAAGGCCAUGUGACUUUGUGAAAUUUUUUGUGACGAAAAAUAAGCGUUUCACUUUUUAAAGUUCAAAAUACUGAUUUUCGUGCCAAAAUCGUACGUCAAAAAUUCUAAGAACAACCAAGAGCUUCUCGGAUUAAUUUUAAACAAAAAAAAAUCUAGGAAUGAAAAUUGUUCUUUGACGGCAGAAAGUUUGAAAUAUCUGUGUGGACACGUUGAGCCAGAACUAAUAUUCCCAUCAAUUCACAGUAAAGGCUCCAUAUAUCCACGUAUUUUUUUUGAAUAAAAAACAAUCUUUGUUAGGUGACUCAGAAUGAAACAUUGAAAAUUAUAUUCAUACAUUUUUUAUGUUCUCUUAUGUCUCACAUUUCUCAAAAAAAUGCUCCAAAUAUUCUAGGAUCUUCAUCAAAUGGCUCCAGCAAACAUUGCAUGGUAUCCCUUCACUUCAGAAGAAAAAGCAGAACUCGAGCACUCAUGGAGUUUAAUUGAAGCCAAAAAGACCAUCAUUGCUUGUGAUAUUUAUGAGAUGAUUUUCAAUCAGGUUAGUUUUCUCUUUUUUUUCUGUUUCCGACUAGAAAAAAACCUACUUCAUCUUGAGAAACUUGAUUUAAUCAAAAGCAAGAAAGAUUCAAAUUUCCUGGCAAUUUCCCGUGUUUUCCAGUGUCCAGAAGCUCGUCGACUAUUUCCGAAACUCAAAUUCGUCAACUCGAAACCGGAUCGAAAACAAAAUGAGUUCACAUUUCAAGCGAUGCGAUUUAUGCAAGUCAUAGAGGGAGCAGUUAAAGCAAUCCACCAUUUAUCGACCCUUGAUGUGAUUCUUGACAAUCUCGGAAGACGACAUGGAAAAUUAGAAGUCAACGGAAAAUUCAGAUCAUAUUACUGGUCAACAUUUUUGGAAUGUUCGAUUUUUUGUAUGCGAAAUGCGUUGGCGAAAAGAUUGAAUGAUAAAGAAGUGGAUCGAGUGAUUUGUUUGUGGCGAUUUUUGUUGAGAGAUGUUAUGAAGAAAAUAAAAGCUGGUACUACUGCGGAUAUUGCUCAUCGUAUGCAACAAAUGAGCAUUGAUGAUUCAAGAAAAUUUUCAUUGCCCGCAAUUCAUAAGGAAUCAAAUGCUUCAAGUGCAGAGGUAGGAAUACAGUCGGAGGAUUUCGGAGUGCCAAAGGAGGAACAGUGGGAUGAUCUUAUUGAGUUAUGUUUCACUGCAAAAUUUCAACGUGGAAGACUUAUAUUAUCUACUUAAAACUUUAGCCACAUCAUAAUUCUUUCCAAAAGAAAACACUGGACCUCCUUUGGGUUUUUUCAAAUAAAAAUCCCUUUGAAAAUUUUAUCAAAAUAUUUUUAGGUAAAUAAUAAUAAUAAUCAUAAACGACACUAAUAUCAAUAUUCCACGAAUAUAAAUUUCAGACCGAUUUUGACGAUAUUCUCUAA